AGGCCGCAACGGAAGUGACGUCGGGUUGUAUCCGGGCAGCGCGAGGCUGUGGCGGCGGUGCUUUGCCGUUUGCGGCGCUUGUGGUGGGUCGCGGCCGGGCCCUCGGGAGGCGGCGGCGGCGGCCCGAGCUGAGGCGCUUCUCUCCCCGCAGGUGCGGCCAUGGCGGACUCCACGCAGAACGGGCCCAUGCAAGGCGGGGCCGGCGGCGGAGCCGUGCAAUUUCUGAUGGCUAACAAGUUGGAUACAGCAAUGUGGAUUUCCCGCUUAUUCACGGUUUACUGCUCAGCUUUAUUUGUCCUGCCUCUUCUAGGGUUGCAUGAAGCAGCAAGCUUUUAUCAGCGUGCCUUGCUGGCAAAUGCUCUUACUAGUGCCCUCCGACUACACCAAAGGCUACCGCACUUCCAGCUGAGCAGGGCCUUUCUGGCCCAGGCUUUGCUGGAGGACAGCUGCCACUACCUGCUGUACUCUCUCAUCUUUGUGAAUUCCUACCCUGUUACAAUGAGUAUUUUUCCAGUUCUGCUGUUCUCUUUGCUUCAUGCUGCCACAUAUACAAUGAAGGUUCUUGAUGCACGGAGUUCAAAUAGCCUGCCCUUUCUGAGAAAUCUUUUAGAGAAACUGAAUGCUAAUCAACAGAAUAUUCUAAAAUUCAUUGCUUGCAAUGAAAUUUUCCUGAUGCCAGCUACGGUCUUUAUGCUCUUCAGUGGACAAGGGAGUCUGCUCCAGCCAUUCAUUUACUAUAGAUUUCUUACAUUACGCUACUCUUCUCGGCGAAAUCCAUACUGUCGGACUCUCUUCACCGAGCUGAGGAUUGUUGUUGAACACUUAAUAAUGAAGCCCUCGUGCCCUGUUUUUGUAAGAAGACUAUGCCUCAGCAGCAUUUCCUUUAUAAGCAGAUUAGCACCAACUGUUGCAUAGCCAAAUUUCAGGCACUUGUGUUUUGUGAACAUUAUGAGCAGCUGGCACUGCUGCUGAUGAUUUUGCUUUUCUUGGAGAUAAUAUGAAAUUUAGCAUAUCAAAAGCAAGUCAUGGAAACUUAAAAUUACUAUGCUGUAUUGCUAAUUGGUGGAAAAAAAAAAGUCACUGCAUCCUAUCCAAAACAUGCCCAGUCAUACAGAAUUGGUUGGGUUUUGUUUGGUUGGUUUUUGUUUUGUGUUGUUUUGGUUUUUUUUUAAGCAAUCAAGGAUUGUUUGAGGUUCAUUAAAACUUUUAAGAAGUCUGUGCUCCGUAGGUUUAGGAAUUUGAACUAUAGCUACUGUAGGAUGUCUCCAGUGGAUAGGAGUUGAUACACAUACCUAUGCAGUACGUUCUGGACAGUAUUCUUCUGCUUACUAAAAGUAUCUGUAGAAGCAUUUUGUGUAAAUUACUAUGCUCAAUGUAAAAAUAUGUCCCACUUCAAAUUUAACAAGAGGGACUAAAAUCUAUCAAGCUGGCAUAGUUAACACAUUUUCUGAAGGAGAGGCUUUUUUUAUUAAUACUGCUUAAAAAGAACUCUUCCAACUUUCUACCUUGUGACAUAGUCUUACAUUAUGCUGUUGGGAGAAAUCUCAAGGCUCCAAUCACGGAAAACUCUGUGCAGUUAUCUUGUCAUAACAAGAUGUUUUACCAAGCCAAAUUGCUGACCUGUAGGCUUUUCAGACAAAGAUGCAGUGCUUAAACUUUUAACCAUCUCUUAAGUGAACUAAUCAAUGUAAACGAAGUAACUUUUGCAGAAUCAUUGCAGAUUUUUUUUCUUGUGUCUACACAAAUGUGGGACUGCAGUAAUUCAAGCAUGUCAGCUUUUUAGAAAAUUAAUCUGUAGCUAGCUCUGGUAUAAAUUGUUCUUCCAGUUUCUGAGACUCUCAUUGUGAUGGGGAAUUCGCUUAAAGGAUUGCACCUGUUUAGGCAGCUUCUGAAACAAAUGGGUGUAGGAUAUUUCUGGCAUAAAUCCAUCUGAUGGCUGAUCUGAAGCCAGUGCCAUGACUACAGAAGUGAAUAUUCAAUUGAGUGCUGAUUAUGCAUUCACCCAGCAGCUAAAAGGUAGGUCGUGGAAAAAGAAUAUCAUGUCUGAACACAACUUCUUUCCAUAAAUUCAAGGCAAAGUAUUUGCCUGAUCUUGUGUAAUUAAAUGUACUGCAUAAAUUCUAACUGCAUAAAAUUAAAUGGGUUUCAUUGGCCUUUUGUAAACUUCUGUAGCACUGUACUUAACUAUUCUUCCUUGGUCAGAGAAGUCUUAUGUGAAACAUUUUCAAAAACAGUCUUGAAGCAAAAUUAUUUUCCUGUAACUAUUGAGUUACCUUAUUUGUGAUGUGGAUAUCAUUCAGACUUUCCAGUUGUAUUAGUCUGUUAGAUCAGAGCCAUGUAUUUAUAUACUUACUUAAUUUUUUGCUCAACCUCUUGGUACUGAUGAACCAGUUGAUAAUUGAAUAUGGUAUUCUUUGACUACUUGUCUUGCUCUCCGAACAUGAUUAGCUAUUUAUAGAACACUUGCACACUGCAGAAGCAACUGCAUGCAGUAAUGCUCUACAGCUGCUAAAGACUUGAACGAGAUUCACUAUAUGUAUAUCCUGUAAUUUGAGGAUUUUAUAAAAACUAAAAUUUCUACUGCAAUAAAGGAGUGUUAAAUGUAAUUCACUAGGCUCUUUAAGCUUAUUUUCUCUCUAACAGAACAUACUGAUGCUUGAACCUGGAAGUUGAGCAGAACGCUGUCCUGUGCGUAUGUGUGCAUGUUCUUAUAUUCCCACUGCUGCUUCUGAAUUGGGACGUAAUGUCUCGUGCAUUUCUAAGUUGUUUUAUGGGGAAGUUUUACCUUGCAUAGUGCAAAAAUUUAUAACUCUUUUCUUCAAAAUUUAACGUAAGAGUAAGCAGCACUGCAACAGUGGUAUCUAAUCAGAGCAGAAAUCUCAACCUAAUUCUUGCCAUUUCAGCACUGUUCUAGACCCUCUUGCAAGUUAUAUGGUAUAUUUGUCGAGUGGUGAUAUCAGACUGUGUUCAGCUCUUUGCACCACUGUGAUCUAAAAAUUAAUUUGGUCAUCUAAGGUGGUCCCCCAUACUGGGACUGGAAGGCAAUAAAUACUUCAGUAAUUCAUGUAAGCAAAACAGUGUGUUACUUCUGAGUAAAUUCUUGUGGUCUAAGACUGCUGUUAUGGGUGCAGUCUGCUGUUCCUUUAAUUGUAUGCUGUUAUUACAUUAGAGAAGGGUCUAAAUUGGAUCUGAUGUAUUGCAACUGUAACUGAAGUAUGGUGAGUCUCAAGAUCUAACUCUAUGAAUGGAUGAGGAAGACUAGACAGAAUAAGUAAAUGAGAUUUCAGUAAGUAGAGAGUUGAAGGACAGUGCCAUGAAGUAGAGCUUAUAUGUGGAUAUGGAAUUUCUUGUUAACUUUUUUAUUAAGUCUUAAAAAUGCAUCAAGAGGAGGAAGAUCUUUCAUAAAUGGGAUUUGAUUUGGCUAGUGGCAUAUUCUUGGCUUUGCAAGGAGUUGCUUGACAAAUGAGGCCUGGAUUUUGCUUGUGGCCUGGUAAAACUUACCUUUCUGACGUGCCAAAAAACAUGAAACAAUGGGAAAGAAUGACUUUCAAGCAAAAUAAGUGGGGCGUCUCACCUGUGCUCUGCAUUAACUUUGAUUUUUACUGUAGCUGCCUAAGUGAUAGCACCGAGUUUCCUCAGUGCUGGCAGAAACAUUCUGUCCUUGUGCCCGCUUCCUUACCGCAGUUUGUGACUGUUUCUAUACUAAUGAUUAAAUUAAAAACAUGAAAUGCUGGCUGUGUCCUGAUAGCUUGAGAUUUUUCUGGUUAAAAGAACUAUAUGUUCAUGCUGCUAUGCUUUCAACAGCUAGUUGUGAUGCAGAGGCUGUAAAAGAAUUCCGUGGUAAUAAAGCGACUUCUGCAACUGACCAUAAAAUCCCUGCCAACCCCAAACGUGAAGCAGAGGAGUUCUUGUCCUGCUGAAAGGUUGCCUACUUAUUGUGGUAAUUGUUUCCACUGGUAUAAAUCACACCGGUAACUGUUUUUAUCGUCUUAGCUUUUGUAAAUUAAAGUGCUGUUUUGUAAAUUCUGUGGGUAGACCUACCCCUUGCUGUGCACAAGCUUGCUGUAGGAGUGAUGCUCCAGCGUAAGACUUGUCUGUUCUCUCUUGUAGAUAAAUAAAACAUCAGGGCCCACUGGGUCUGUUGGAGCAGCUGAUGCCAGCUGGGAUUUCUUGCACACAAAGUAAUUCACUAGUGCAUCCAUCCUUUCCUUUAUUGUCUCUUAUUUAAUUUUAUACUUUUACUGUCAUUUUUUUGGCUGUCAGUUUUGUUUUGCUCCCUUCUUUGAUGGAUGUUCAAGGGGAACAAUAUCUGUUAAUAUUUUAAGUUACACAUUUUAAGGAUUUUUUUUUUUAGUAUAUUAUAAUUAUGAGCCACUAUUUGUUCCAACAUUUUUUGAGCUGCUAACUAUAUAUGUGAUAGUACUGUCCAAAGAAAUAAUGUAGAUGGUUCUUUUGUACAGUCUGUGUUGGACCUUUUUAUCGUUAGGCCUGGUAUUGCAACAUCUGCUGUAUAGAUCCCUCGUUAAUUAAGGAAGUACAGUUCUUGCCCAUUUUCCAGACAGGAACUGAGGCACGGAAGAAAAGACCACUCGCCUGAGGCAAUGUAAGAGCUCUGGCAGAGCAGGAAAAAGAAAAGAAAGUUGGAGAAGUGUCUGGGGGGAACUGUGAUUUAUUUCUAUGCCACGCAUGACUACUUGGUCCCGUUUCCAAAAUGUUACUAACUGCUGCUUAAACGGUUUCAAAAAGCACUGUACCUUACGGUGCUCACAUUAAGAGUAGCAAAGACCAUUGAGCCAGAACAGCAUGUUCUUUUAAAGUGGCGUAAAAAAUUUAUUCCCAUGUGCAAGAGCUAGGUAUGGCCCCUGGUAUCAUUGUCUUUCUGGUGAGGAAAAAUAAUGCAACAGAAUAAGACUGCAAACACUUACAUGCUAGAUGUUAGUAGGAUAUGCUGAUCUGUUGUAAUUAUCUAUAAUUUUUAAUUGCUGCAGUGCAAGUAUUUGUGGUUAAACUAUACACAUGGAAUUGGUAUCUUUGUACUAUAACUCUUAUUGUGCUAUAAUGUUCUUAAAAUCACAGGAAGAGUCAGGCCUUGCUGUUUUAAAUCGCCUUUUAAGGAUGGAACCUUAAGCAAUCCUUUAUUUGAAAGAUGCAUUAUCAGUAUGGAUAAUGUAAUUGAAUUUAAUCUUAAAUGUGGAUUCAAAAAUAUCUUUUUCAUAGAAUGUCAGCAUUACUUAUUAACUUUUCUUCAGAAGCUAGCUGUGUGAUAACAGCAGAUACUGUGCAGGUAAGGGGGUUUCAUUGCUUAGUUCUGUGCCAUCCAGAUGGUACAAACUUCUAAAAUGAAUUGAAAAAUUCAUCUUUUACUUGUAUUCAAGGACUGAGGCACAAAAUGCUAAUGUAAGGGCUCAGAGGGGAAAUAUAGUUCCCCUGCAUAUUUGAGAAAAUGUGAAGCCCUUUCAAGAAAAUCUAAUAAACAUAAUAAUCACAGGCUGCUGACACUAAGGAAAAAGCACCUCAUUCGCUCUUUCUUUUAUGCAGCGAUUUACUGGUCCCUGCUGAUUUUCAAAUUGGAUCACUGCAGUAAAUUAUCCAUGCCAGUACCUGUGAAAGAAAGCACUGGGAUCCAUAUUUGUUUAGUGCUGUGCUUAAAUCAGCAAGAAUGAUAAAUUUGAUGGUAUGAAAUUGGAAAUAUCAAGGGCUUUUCUCAGUGAGCGAGCAAGUAUCUCCAUUUGUAAUUUAUUGUGACCCUUUUUCACUGUAUGUGCUUUGUAUGUCAAAUAUUUAUUUUGAAACAAAUUAAAUUGUUUUCUGUAUUGAUA